GGUGGGGAGUUUAGGAGGAGAGUAGAAGCAGGCGGUGAGGCGAUUAAACACAGUCAACUCUUAGACCACACACCAGACACACUUUUUUUCAUUUAAUUUGACACAGUAUUUUUUAGGUUUCACUCAGUCUGCCACCAUGAUAAACCCUCUGAUCAUCGGCAUCAUGGCCGUAAACACGUCUUUGACCGUCUUUUACUGGGCCUUCAUCCUGGGUGACGCCUACUUAAAGUGGAUGGUAGAGCCAGAAGACAAACCCAAGAAGAUAGUCACCCCAGCCUGAGGGCCACAGCAUGGAUCUAUCUGACUGAGUGACUGGCUGCUUAGGACUAGUCUGCGAGGGUAAUUCAGCUUGUAGCGCUUUCUGUGGAGAAGCAUUUGUUUUAAUUUCUGUUUUUUGUAUCUGGGAAAAACAGUUUUUUCAUUUGUUCCUGCACGAAAAUGAGCCAGGAGUUGUAAUAACAGCCCAUGACUAUGUGUUUAUACCAACCAAAUCCUGCCAAGGAUUACUUAAGAUCACCUUGACAAAGGCACACACAGCUUUGCUCUUCCAAUAGCUUCCAAUAUCUUGUGGUCCUCUUGUUCCUUCUGACCUCCUCGCCAUCUCCUCACCUCAGCUCAUGGCUCCCGUCUUUUACUACGGCCUGCAUCCAGUCUCUUGGUUCAUUAUUUUCGCAAACAUAGCUACCACCAUCAUAGAGUGGCAGUUUCUCACUCGUGAGUUUUACAGGAAUAUGCAGUUGUCAAAAGAUGGAGAGUCUAAACCUGAGACGACAUCACCUUCUUCUGAAGGACGCUGCACAGAGAAGACCUAGAUGCUGCUGUAGAGCUUAUGCCUGUUUGGAACCCCUUUUACCCCCAAAUCAAAGUAAAAAGAUGAGCAGCGACCAUUUCUCUUGACCACUGUUCAGUGAAGAAACACAUCGUCACCAAAAGGAACAGCCUUAAAGCCUCACUACUUUCUUUCAGCUGACAAUCCUAAAAGAGUAUCAAAGCCAUGUCCAGAUUAUUGUACAUGCCCCUGAACUCAAGAAGAGGUCAACUUUUGAACCUCACCGAGCUGGUGUUCAAGCACCGACACCUCCUUCAGUUCUCCAGGCAAAAAGAGGAGGAGGACGCCUAUUUCGUGGACUACAUCCCCCCAGCAAGAGAUGCAAUUAACUUGCCACGCAAUGUAGUCUACGUCUUAGCCGGGGCAGUGUUGAUCAUAGUGGCAACUUAUGCCAUAGUGGGUCACCUGAUUAAAGACCUCAUGCAUGACCUGGCAGACUGGAUAUUUGGCCCUAAACCAGUAGAGGAGGAUCUGGAGGGAGAGGGAGCAGAAACAGAGGACAAGCGGCGACUCAGCAUUUUCAGUAACCAGAUAGAGUCCAGAGAUGAGCUGAGGAUAGAGAAAGAAAGAGAGAGGCUGCUGCCGGGCUUCCUUCAGAGAGAUGGGGACUGCUGUCGUCCAUCUCCCCCUCCUCCACUGAGAAGUGCCAUCACUUCAUCUUACCCCGGAGAAAAAAGGAUGUCUACUCAUAGUGUGACCUUCGCCUGCCCCGUUGCCCCUUGUGUGACCUCUUUUUGAGUUUUCAUCGCUUCACCUCAUCAGCAACUCAGAUCAGUUUUUUCACAUGCAGUGUGUGUUUGCAGUAUUUUCUUUGCAGUAGUGAGGCAAAACCAUGUAUAGUUAUAGCUUGUGCUCAUUUUACAAAGAAUUACUUCUUUUAUUUUAAUUAAUAAGUAGGUAGGUAAACAUGUCCCUGUUAACUCAACUCUAUCGUGUUAUUAUGUAAUAUAAGAAGUGUAAAAUAAUAAUUUAUUGUGAGAAAAUAAACUGAUUUCAGAUGUAAAUUCCUUGUUCAUCACAAAAUGUUUGAACACAAAACAAGAUGGAAAAUUAAGAAAAAUCUGAUUUAAAAAUGUUAUGACAACACAUAUUGUUCUCAUCUGUUAUUGAAAACCAGUGUGAUCACUUUCCUUGUUCAGUUGGACUAAGCUUUGUCCCAGUAAACAACCUAAUAAUAUAAAUGA